GCCCGCGGCCCAAUUGGCCUGGCCACCCCCUAGUCUAGAGCGCGCAAGCAGAAGCAAGCAGCUGCGACGUCUCCCUCCCUUCCCCGCACCGGGCCCGUGUCCACAGAUAUUUUACUCGGAAAUCAAAUCCCCCACCCCGCAGCUUUCUUCCCCUUCCGUCGCGCGCGACUCGUUCGCCUGUCCACGCCGCCGGACGAGAGGAGAUGUGCGAGGCACCGCGACUCGGCUACCGCGCCGCCGGCGCCGGCGACGCGGACGCCGCUGACGUCGACGUCGUCACCACCGGCGGACGCCGGAGGAUCCCCGCGCAUUCCUCUGUUCUGGCCUCGGCGUCGCCGGUGCUCGGGAGCAUCCUGGAGCGGCGCCUCCAGAAGGACAGGGAGAGCGGCAAGCCCGGCAGGUCCGUCGUCCGGAUCCGCGGCGUCACCGACGACGCCGCGGCCGCCUUCGUCCGCCUCCUCUACGCCGGCAGGUGCGGCGACGGCGGCGAGGAGGAGGAGGAGGAUGACGCCAUGGAGAAGCACGCGGUGCAGGUGCUGGUGCUGGCGCACGCGUACCAGGUGCCGUGGCUGAAGCGUGCGUGCGAGGGCGCCAUCGGCGCGCGCCUCACCGCGGACUCGGUGGUGGACGUGCUGCAGCUGGCCGACCUCUGCGACGCGCCGCGCCUGCACCUCCGCUGCACCAGGCUGCUGGCCAAGGAGUUCGCCGCCGUCGAGCGCACCGAGGCCUGGCGCUUCCUGCAGGAGAACGACCCCUGGCAGGAGCUCCACGUCCUGCAGCGCCUGCACGAGGCCGACAUGCGGCGGCGCAAGUGGCGGCGGAAGCGCGCGGAGCAGCGCGUGUACGUGGAGCUGAGCGAGGCCAUGGACUGCCUUGACCACAUCUGCACGGAGGGCUGCACGGAGGUCGGCCCGGCGAGGCGGGCGCCGGCGCCGGCGCCGUGCGCGCGCUACGCCACGUGCCGGGGCCUGCAGCUGCUCAUCCGCCACUUCUCCCAGUGCCACCGCAAGAGCUGCGCGCGGUGCCAGCGCAUGUGGCAGCUGCUCCGCCUCCACUCCGCGCUCUGCGACCGCCCCGACCGCUGCAACACCCCGCUCUGCAUGAGGUUUAAGCAGAAGGAGCAGGAGAAGGUGGCUGCCAAGGCCGGCGAUGACGACGACAAAUGGGGGCUUCUGGUGAAGAAGGUGAAGGCUGCCAGGGUCUUCUCUUCUCUAGCCAACAGGAAGCAGACGAGCACCUCCACCCAGUGCUGAGCAAACACAGGAGCAGCCUGGGAUGGUUAGAGGUAGGUAGAUUAGUGAGUAUGAGUGAGAGGUUGGAGUGAGCAGUUUUUUUGGGUCCGUUUUCAGAUGUCAGAUCUAUGUUGAGCUAUGUACAUGCCUACUUUGUCACCCUGUGAUGUACUCCUACGUUGGUAGAAUAGAAUUCUUUUAGUGAGGUCGCCAGGUCGGAGUCAGUGAGCCGAAAGUCAAUGUAAAAACUGCAUGUACCAUAUAUAUAGUAGGGAAAUAUGAGGUAAAUAAAUAGUCUUGUGAUAAUAUUAUAUAUCUUUCAGAA